GCCAAGAGAGGAGCCGAGAGUGCGAAGCGCGCCGGGUGCCUCAGUCAGUGAAACACAACGCAGCGACAUGGGCCGUUCGCGCGCGGCGUUCUGUUAUCCAACGCUCAUAAAGUGAACAUUUCCUUUGCAAGGGGGAAGCGAACAGUUAACCUGGUGUGUGUGCGUGUCGCUUGCCUUCUUUGGGAGGGAAGCCACGUCACAGACCUGUCUACAACGAACUUUUUAUUUUAUUUUUCAUUUCCACGGGUUGUUUACGCGAAGACUUCAAAUACAACCCUCCCCCGCUCUUUUCUUUUUUGGUGUGAAGAAAGACAAGUGAAGACAGUGUGGCCGGGAACUUUUUUUUUCUCGCAGUGAGUUUCAUUUGAAGAUGCCGCAUGUGAGUAGCAGCGGGGGAGGAGACGACUUGGGCAGCACAGAUGAGGUCAAAGUGUUCAAAGACGAGGGAGAGGACGAGAAGAGGUCGUCUGAAAACUUGACGGAGGAGAAAAGUAGUCUGAUAGACCUUACAGAAUCCGAGGAAAAAGGCGGUUCAUUAUCGGGUCAGGGCUACACGUCGUCGAAGAAUGCGUCUAGGUCGGACCAUAGCCCCGUGUUCGGCAAGGUGGACCCCACGCCGCAUACCUCCUCCUUCAACAUGGGCUACCUGGUGGCGCCCUACCCCUACCCCAACGGCACGGCCGGGCCCAUCCCCGUCUCUAUGGCGAGCAAGAUGGGACUGGCGCCCACGCACCCGGGCGCGGCGCUGCCCUUCUUCUGCCACAACGGCGACCACCUGAGUCAGCCGCCCCCGGCGCACAUGGGGAUCCCGCCCUACCAGCUGGACCCCAAGGGGGCGGCUGGUGCCAUGGGUGAGUACUGGCGCGGCCUCGGAGUCGGCCUGCAGCAGUCCCCCCCUAGCACGCCGCCCUCCACCACUGCCGCCUCCGCCGCCGCCAACACCACCGCCGACAGCUGGAAGCGCCUGCUAGCCUCAGGUCUGACCCGGCCGCCGAUGUACCCCUUCUCGGCGGGGCAGUACCCCUACCCCAUGCUCAGCCCCGAGAUGUCGCAAGUCGCGGCCUCUUGGCACACCCCCAGCGUGUACCCGAUCUCCUCGGCGGGGGCGGGGUUCCGAAGCCCAUACCCCACCUCCCUGCCAAUCACAAGUACAAGUUUAACAAGCGACUUCUACAGGUUCUCGCCGACAGGACUGAUCCCACCGCACGGUCUGAGCCCGCACGGCCACCACCACCCCUCCCACGUGCACUCGCUCGCCUCCCACCCCGCCAUCAUCACCCCGGGGCCCAAGCAGGAGCUGCCGUCGCACCCGCUGGACCACAACCACAGGUCUUCAUCGUUGGACCAAAAAAAUUCCACCUCCUCGACCACGGAGGGGACGAAAAACCAAGACUCUGGGCAGAAUAGCAAUGCCCAAGACAAGAAGAAGCCGCACAUCAAGAAGCCGCUGAACGCCUUCAUGCUGUACAUGAAGGAGAUGCGUGCCAAGGUGGUUGCGGAGUGCACGCUCAAGGAGAGCGCUGCCAUCAACCAAAUCCUCGGAAGAAGGUGGCACUCCCUAACCAGAGAGGAGCAGGCCAAAUACUACGAGAAGGCGCGCCAGGAACGACAGUUGCAUAUGCAGUUGUACCCCGGCUGGAGCGCCCGGGACAAUUACGGGUACGGUGCGAAGAAAAAGAAGAGAAAGAAAGAGCGGGCUACAAGUGAUCAAGGAGGGAACAGCAUGAAGAAGUGCCGUGCUAGGUACGGACUGGACCAACAGAGCCAGUGGUGCAAACCUUGCAGGCGCAAGAAAAAGUGCAUCCGCUACAUGGAGUGUGGUGACGGGACGGACGACGGCAACCAGUCGGAGGAGGAGGAGGAGGCGGGGGAGAGCUGCGGCAGCGCGGGGGAGGCGCGGACCUGCCCCGACGACGACCGGGACAGCCUCCCCCACUCCCUGUCCUCGCCGGGGGGCCUGAGCGGCCUCUCCAGCCUCACCUCGCCCUCCGUGAUCCUGCCGUCCCCCUCCACCAGCCUGGCGUCCCCCUGCAUGUCGCUGCAGUCGCCGCUGACCCCCCACCACCUGGACGGCCCGCUGACGCCCGGCACCCCCCCGCACCCCCUGGUCCUCCCCCCGCCGCACCGCCUGCCCGUGGGCGCCAACCCCCACGACGCCAACAACCCGCUGAGCGUGAACCAGCUGACGGGCAAGUGCGUGAAGAGCGAGGCGGGCGGCAAGGGCCCGGCCAACCGCACGGCCAUCAGCGUCACGUAGCGUCCGGCCGCGGUGAGCCGAGCCGGCCCCCACGCACCUCUCCGCCACGCUUUCCUGUGACACGCACUCUCUGCAUAUCUGGAAGUAUCAGCGCACUCUUCAAAUACCUAAUUUAGAAGUGCCGAUUGUUCAGUUUUGUAAUAAUUUAUUAAAACCCAUGUAUAAAAAAAUUGUUUUCUAGAAUAUUUGUAUGUCAAAGGCAUUUUUUUUAAAGUAUCACUAUCAUUGCAAGCCCCUUAGAGAAAUUUAAUUUUUAUUUUAAUGUCAAAUCAAAAUUCUAUUUUUUUUUAAAAACACGAAUUUUACAUACAUUUUGCGCAAUGUGUAAAAAUGCUAAUAUUUGUUUUGUAAUUACUUAUUUGCAUUGCAAAAUCUUUCAGGCAGCACAAUUUCAGCACAUUCUAAUUUUUUUAAAAUUGAAUUAGCCAUUUGUUCCUUGUCAUUUCCUAUCAGAACCACCUGUUUGAAAAUUUAAAAGUCUUCCUGGGCAUGACAAUCACGUCAGGCCCGUGUUAUCUCUCUCCGAUAGUGUGCGUAUUGGGUUGAUUAUCACAGCUGUGACAAAUGUUGGUUUUGUUUCAAAAGGACCAGCCUCAUUGGUCAGUGGCAUUUUGUAGUUAUAGUUACGUGUCCCCUGGACUACUAUCAUUGCUUGUUAGCAUUUAUUUUCUUGUGAGUGUAUGCCAUAUGGAAAAGAGUUAAGACUGUUUUUUUUUUUACUUUGCAUAGUAUAAUUGUUAUUAAAAUAAGGUUUUCUGUACAUCACUCAGUGUGCCAUAAUGCAGAUUGAAAGUCAUUUGAAUUUUGCUAUGUGUUUUAUUAGUACCAUGUGCUAUUAUUUUAUGCCCUUAUAUGGUCUCUUUGUUCUUGUACCUUUAGCUGUUGUAAAACAUUAUCCAGGUAGAAGUUAUGUUGGCUCAUGUUAGAAAUGUUAGAUAAUGUUACAUAAUUACAAAUUAAAAUUUGUUUAGGUCUUUGUGAAAAAGUUUCAAAAGCUAGUAAUUAUCUAUAAAGAAAAAUAUGAAUUCAUUGUUUUGGUUCAUAUUGCAAGUAAAUAAUUGCAAUAUAAGUGACAAAAAAAACUUAACUUUUGGGUUGAUACAAAUGACAUUUGGUAUAUUUACUUUAUUUGAUUCAGACAAGCAUUUUGUGAGGAUUGUAAAUAUUUUCUUUAUGCUAGUUUUUUGAAUCUAGCAUAACAGAAUUCUGUUUAGUUUCAUUUCUAUUAGUUUUAAUGUAAGAACUAAGGUACAAAUUCCUUGAGAAUUUUGUAAAAUAUAAUUAAGUCUUUCCACAAAGUUCUCAGCUAAAUUUAUACUUCUGUUAGUAAUGUUGAAUGUUGUCUAGAGUAAUGUUAACUUGGUUCUGUUUCAUCUUUCAUGUUCUAUUUUUGGUUGAAGUAAAGUUUUAAUAGUUAUCCAGCUAUAGAAAAAACUUAAUUAACUUCUAGUGACCAUAAUGCAGUCAUUGAGGAAAAAUUUUACAUCACAAUUAUUUGCCUGAAUUUUUACGAAAACAGAUGUGCAUAAUUUAUCUGAUGCAAAAGUUAAUAAAAAGUAAUAUGCAAUGCUUAUAUAGUGAAGCAUUUGUACGAGUUGCAAUAAAUAAUAGCCAAAAUAAUGAUGUGAAACUGCAGCAAUCAAACAUAAAAGGGGUGAAUUCCAGCCUUAGAAGAAAUAUAAUUUUGUCUUAUCUUUGUUAAAUACAUUUAUGAUAAUUGGUCUUAAAAAUUUUUAUUUAUUUGUUUAUUUUUUAAACCAAAUUGAAAAUACCCUAAUUAGUUUUGGUUCCCAAAAAUAAUGUAACAACAGUGCAUUGGAACAGAAAUGUUUCUGUCAAACAAAAAUAUUAAAAUAUUUUUUUCUAUAAAUGACUUGCCUAAGCUGUGGGAUGAUUAUUAUUAUUAGUUUCAAAACCAGCCCUUUUAUUUUUAACAGAAAUUUUCACUUGCCACAAUUCAUCACACAAUUAUUUUUAAUAAUGAAAUCAUUUAUGUCAGAACAUUUUUGGUUCUUGUAGAUGAUUCGGCUGUACGAUUUUAUUUUAUGCUCAGUAGCAUUUUAUUGCCGAAAAGUUCUUAUAAGUUACAAGUCUGCUCAGUGAAACUUAAAUAUAGUCUGCCUUAUAGUGCUUGUUUUACUAAACAUGCUCACAAGGGAUUACUUGUAAUUUUUAGAAUGACAGUAAUAUGAGGUUGUACUAGGUUAUACUGGCAAUAUUUUAACUUGUUCCAUGUACAACCUUUAGAAGUUACUUGUUAAAAACUAAACAAAUAGAAUCUGAAAAAAACAUUAAUUUAAGAUUGCAGUCACUUUUAACUUUCUGAUUAUAAUUUAGUUUUAAUUAUAUUCAAUAGUUUCUUGUGCCAUAGUGACAUUUGUAUUUGCAUAGCUUUUGAUUUAUUUUUUUUGUGCAAAGGUCACUUUCAUAGAAAAUGUAACUAGGUGUAAUAGUUUUUUUUUGGUAUUUUCAGUACAAAUUGUGCAGGAUCAAAUAGAUUUUUUUUUUAAAAUUUAAGUUUCAUAAUAAUUUGGAGAUCGUUGUGCUGGGACUAAUCUCCUCCCAGCCCCUGAACUCCAAAGCAAGUUGCUUUGUCCAAUACGUAAGUAGUAUUGGCUUCUGGUGGAAGGGACCAAAUCAGUGCUGUGUUUGUAGUUUUACACUUGAGUGUUCAUGAGCUGCAUAUUUGUCGUAGAAAUUUGGAUUUGACCCUGAAGUUUAAUUUCAUUUGUAGUAUGUACGUAUACUUGCAUACAUAUAGUUUCGUCAAGAUAUGUCUGAAAUUUCAUCAGCGAAGCUUCAAAUAAUUUUUAUAUGUGCGUUAAGGAAAUGCAUGCAAGUCUUCAAACAUUGCUGGUAGCAUUAAGAAAUUUUUAAAAAAAGAUUGCAUAGCAUUUAAAUUUUUUUUAUAUAUAUAUAAUUAAAGAAAUGUGGAAGAAGUUGGCUACAUGAGCACUGAUGUGCAGAAACUCCUACACAUAGAGUCCCUUGUGGUAAAUUCUUUUCUCGAAGCAUUUGUUAGAAUUUUCCCAUACAACUGUAACAGAUCUUAUUAGGUUGUAUUUUUAUUUUAAAAAAAUUGUGUGUGACUUGUUGCAGUGUUGGAGUGAACCGUAUUUGCCUUUGUUUAAAACAAAAGUACAUAUUUCUAAUAUUUUGGGAACAUAAAAUUGUUGAGAAGUAAGUUGAUAAUUGUUACUGAGGAAAUUAUGCUUACCAUUACUUACCCGUGUUUAUCAGUAGACAGUGACACCUGAAAGUUAAUAGGUGUAGCAACUAUUAAAUGUAAAACACAGGAGAUUAUCAACAUAUUCAUGAUAAAAUUGCUGGCAAAUGAGCUAAAAAAAUUGGUUUCAAGCAGUUAUUAUGCGUGGACCGAAAUGGAUAUUUCAAAACACACUCAUUGCUAAAUGUAAACUCUUGGCAAAAUUCGUUACAAAAUUAUUAUUACAUUUAAAAUUGGGUACGUAGCUAUUGGAGUUCCAAUUCAAGUGCUUAAAGAACACACCAUACAGCUUUAUUUACAUAUAAUGCCCAUGCAAUGUUUUUUUUUAUAUAUAUAUAAUUUUAAAUUCUAAUUUAACAGUAACAAUGUUGUUCAAGAGACUUAUCAACGACGACUUAUUUUUUUAGGGGAAAUAAAACCUGAGCAUAUUUUAGAACUCUUAAGUUGGGAAUGUAAAUGGUGUGUUUUAAAAGUAUGUCUCAAUGUUUUGUGAGUGGUAUACAUUUUAUUUGUGAUGUUAGGCCUAACUUUCAUUGGGAAAAAAAUUUCUUGUCCUUGAAUACAAGUUUUAUAUUGAGGCUGUGAAUAAAGGCAAAGAAGUCUCAUAAAGGUGGCCAAAACAGCUGUACUGAACCAGCAACUACAUUUUACCAUGGUGACCUAGACUCUAAUCCCAACAUAUGGCCAUAUUUAUGUACAUAGGCAGCGAACAAUACAUGAUUUUGAUUCAAUUACGUGCAGUAACUCCUCUCUAUGGAAUCUGCUAUGUGUAAGAUUUUAUAAAAUAUUGUAUCAUAAAAGUAUUGUAUAAAAUACCAAACUUCUAGAGACCAUAAUUUUUUAUUUAAUUUUAAUUAUUUCAUUUUAGAUAUCUAAAGUUAAUUUUCAGGAGAACUUAAUGAUGUGGCUUGUUUUUUAUGUUGAGCCCUACUUUUUUUUUGUGUUAGUAAACAUGCAUACUUCUCAAUUUUAAGAAACAAGUAAGAAGUGAUCUUUAAAUAUUAAUUUUGUGCAUAGUGCACAAAAUAUUAACCAAUAUAAAACUGAAACGUGAAGGAAGCACUAACAUUAGAAAUCGAUAAAUAAAACUAGUCAUUUACAUAUAAUGAUUUCAUUUUGGCUACACAUCUUUCUUAAGCCUGCUUUUUGAUUAUGGCAUCAGGUGUGUAUGUGCAUGACUAGAAUUGUUGGGGGGAAAAAAAGUGAGGAAAAUUAUAGAUAGUUUUUAGGUGAGUGUGUGAUUGGUUCGUCACACUGUUUAAACAGAUUGUACAAUGGCGACAAAAGCCUGCAAACUACUUUUGUUUAUAAAAUAUAUUAAUUUUCAUUUUUCCAUGUCAUUGAUAUUAUACAGUUUUGAAAAUCUGGUGCACAUGUAGCAAUUAAAAUUUUUUUUUCUCCCAGUCGUAUACAUUUUUAGUUCAAUACAUGCAAAGUAAAUUGUUUUUUAAUGAUUGGGACUGGAAGGAGAACCAUUAAAAAAUGACGGAUCCCAUGGACAAAAGUGAGAUUCGCUGAAAUAUGGCUUCCCCGUGCCACUCGACUUGUUUUGUACACAGGCAAGUACGGUAACUGUUAAGUCUAUAAUUAUGUUCAAGCCCUUAACAUCUUUUGAUGAAACAAUUUUGUUGAUAACUCUCUCUGUUUCAUGUACCUUGAAAUGUAUUGUCUAGUUUCUCUGAGUAUGAUUUUUUUUUCCUGUGCAAAGGGGUGCAAGUUUUGUCACAAAUUUCCUAAGUAGGUGUAGUGAUUGCAAAUUGUUGCCAUGCUCAUCUUCCAUUGACUUCCCUAACUUUGCCCGUCUGGUCGUGUGAGGGAGGUGCUGUGUUUUGGCAUAUAAAUGUUCCUUUCUCUGGACAAGAAUUCAAGAACCUCUUUUCCAAGUUGUCGUUUAGCACUAGUUCCGAGUUACAAGACUAUUUUUUAUUUGAGAAAACGUACAAAGGUGUUUUCACAGUGUGAGAAGAAGUUAGAGCCAACUUUUUUGAAAGUUUUUAGGCGUGCGAAAGUUGGAAAUAUACUCAAGAGGAGGGGAGGGGGGAGGUGUUUUUUGCGUGUGUGGACUGAUUCGUUGUACAGAUGAAGCAGGAUCUCACGGAGUGUGCUGUGCGCCUGUCGGGAACUUGUCACGUCGUUUUGGUAAUGUGACGGAACUGCCGUAGACUGCUCGUGUUAGCAGGAAAUAUUUCAGUGGGAAAUUUUCAAGAAGUAUAAAAAUUAUAAAUAUGUAUGUAACUAUUAUUUCCUUGUUAAACUGUGUUGUUUAUUUUUAAAAAAAGAAAUGAAAAACUUUUGAGACGUGUUGUAAUGUUCCUUGUGUACCAGUUAAGCCUAUUUACUUUCUGUCCCAAUGUUUUGUAAAAAAAAGUAAGAAAAACAAUGCUUUUGACGAGAAUCAAGUUUGUUUCCAUGCCAUGAAAUUGUGAAGUUUCUGUUUUAAUGAUAAACCUGUGUCUAGAGGAUAUGUCACACAGCAAAAUUGUGAAUCUCAUAUAGGAAAUUGAGAGAAAACAUUCAGGUAUUGCGUAGAUAAAUUACAUAACCAUCCCUUAUGAAAGAAAGUAUAGUUUUUUACCAACCAAAGCACCUUUUUGUGUCAUUUGUAUGGUUGUUUUGUCCUGAUGUGAUAUGAAUGCAGAAUGUAUAGCUCAUUUUUUUGUUUAUUUGUGUUGAAUUUUAAGAAAAUAUUUACGUAAGGAGUUGAUUGAAAGAAUUUAUUAAGCUUGUCUUGGAUGUUAUGUAUAUUAAGGGGAGUACUUAACAAACAUAAAUGUGUAUAUACGAUAUAUAUAUAAAUGAUAUAGUCGUAAAAUGUUACUGAAGUGUGCGAGAAGUGUAGUGCUCUCUUCGGCAAACUCUGUCUUCUUGGACAUCACAGUUUGUAGUGCAAUGGCUGUCGAGAGUUGCACUACUCAGAACAACUUGCUGCAAUAUUGGUUACUCCCCUUAGCAAAACAGUGGAUUAGCAUGUUGGCGAGUAGCUUUCUUUCCGUUUCAUUAUGACUGUUGUGGUUGAAAGCAGAGUUUUAAAUAAAUGAUUCCGUAACGAAA